AUGGUGGAUCAAUCGUUAAGAUUCCCGGAAGGAAUGGUCAAGGAUGUAAUGGCAAGAAUUCAAGAACAUUAUAUACCUACAGAUUUUCUAGUACUUGACAUGCAGGGAGACGAUGAGAUCCUGAACCUCUUGGGAAGAGCGUUCCUCUACACAGCCAAAGCCAACAACUACAUCGGAUCAGGGCAUAUCCACUUCAACCUACCCGCCGAAAAGAUUGGAGACAUUGACCGGUGCGCAGUGUACGCAUCACUGGCACCUAGUAUGGAGAAUCCUACGGGGAUGGACCCGCCGGAGGGCGAUGUUGCUCGGUGUCCUCAAUACACCAGCAGUAAGGAGGAACAGAGCCGCCCUGCCCCGACCAUCGAGGACAGGGUGGCGGGGAAAAGGCCAAUGGCGGUGAAUCCAUCCCCUGCGGAGGCGCUGCCGACGGAGACCAGCCAAGCUCCGAAGCAUCGUCGACUCGUGAGGAUCACCGAUGACGAGGACGAGGAGGAGGAGGCUGCACCCUCUUUGGUCCGAAGGCCACGCAGUCGACCAGACGUCGCGCCGAUCACCAUUGGUCGGGUGACCAGUGAUCCUCCUACCCCACACGCCGAGCCGACGCUACUUGGGGGGACGGAAGCAGCGGCGGCGACUAGUAGAACCAGGAGGAGGUUCUUCGCAGCGACUGUUGACACUAGCUAA